AUGUCCUCUUCGGGUAAGGGCCACUACGGCUCGUCGCCGCCGAUUCAGCGGAUGACCCAAUCGCGGGAAUCAUCCAUGGAACACAAUGACCGAUACACCUUCGGCUACUCCUCCGAACUGGCUAAUCACGAGAGCACCGUGUCGACCGCCAAACGCCUUCGCCAGCGGCUUCAACGACAGCAAAGUGGGCAAUCUGGUCUAUCUGGACGUCGGUAUACCGGAGAGAGUAGUGAUGGGUCGUCGAUCGUUGGGACGCCUACGGAUACAGGUCGCUCCUUCACGUUCACCGCCGUCCACCGGAACCUGAUCAAGGAAGAUCGGAAGCCGUCGAUGACGCAAAAUUUGAGCGAGCAGAUGCUGGAGGCAAUUCACUAUGAGGACAUGACGAUGGUUGAACGACUGCUGGUGGCGCACAGUAUGAACAAGCCGCUGUCAACAUCACCGUCAAUAGGGUCGACAAAUACUCUCACCGAGUUGGCUCAAAGGAGACACGGGAAUAAGGACCACCGGAGAUCGAACGCCAGUAGCACUGUAUCAACGCAUUCAGGCGGGAAAUCCACUUGCGCCGUCUUGAACACCUUGCAUAUGGCCGUUGCGCAUAAACAGAAGGACAUUGCCGAGCUGCUCCUCAAAAGUGGCUACGACCCGAACGCUACCGCGAUGUGCCACUGUAAGGGAAAUUGCACGGCAAGCGGGAAUAUUCCGCUAACCACGAUUAUACCAAGAACCCACUCGAUGACUCCUGAAAUCUGCUCAAUUUGCACUCAACUUCGAGCUGUUACCAUCAUCGAUCAAACACCGCUUGGAGUGGCGGUUCGGGUGCAGAGUGCUGAACUCAUUGCGCUGUUGAUAGCAUACGGAGCCGAUGUGAACUUGGGUGACGAGGACGGCAACACGCCACUGCUCCUUGCGGCAAGGGAUUCGCCUCUGAACUGGACGUGUCUGCAUACACUGAUUUUCUUCGGGGCUCAAAUCGAGAAGAAAAACAUGCGUGGUAUCUGCCCACUCGAUCUGGCUCCAGAGUUAAGAAGUCUACAGCAAACUUGUGUUGAGGAAUUGUUCAAGGUGGCUUGCUCGGGGCAGGAAAAGGAUCAUAAGGGCCUCGGCUUUGCGACCCCGAAAUCGCUACAUAAUCAUCGGCUUCAAGUCGACAACGUAUCCCAGGGCGGCUCGUUGAGCAAGGCACCUCUAUCGCCAAGACCGUCUGCAGCGCCCUCGGUUUCGACCUGUUCUUUACUAGAGACAAUGUCCGCAAAAGAAUACGCCAGACGGAAAUCACUCGUGUCGCUACAGCUUCAGCGGAAGAACCGAGGCACCAAGGAUAAUCGAGAUCUGGCGGCAGCUGCUAGGAGAUGCUUUGCGCAUCAUCGAAACGCCCUGGAUCCCGUCAUUGACAACGUCAGUUGGGAACAGGCUUGGGAACUCCUGAAAAAGAUGGCUGCAAACCCCGAGUGCUUGGAAGUGAUUCAGCAGCUCAUCGGAAUCCUCUCUUCACUCGCCAAGUUCUGCUUCCAGUUCGUGCAAGUGACGGGAACCGUGCGGCAGUUCUCAGCGUUGAGUACGCUUAACAAGAUCAUCGACACCGGCAUGGUGUACGAGCUUUUCACGCAACCCGACCUUGCCUUCAUGUCAUCAAAAUUGCUCAACCGAACUCACGCCUUCGAUUCCGCAGCACCGGAGAGCCCUAUGGAAAGUCCCUUCAUGUCCCAAGGCGAUCAGUGCUCCACGGUAGACCAUGUUUACAUCUACCCCAUGCGAGACGGUGCCGUUUCCCCGAAUCCGUCAUCCAUCCCACCAGAUGCCUUGAUUCUGGCGUUUCAGGAUGCGGAUCCUAGUCAAGUCCUAAUGUGCCUUCACAACGCGAUGACGCUCGGCAAACGUGAGGCGGGGAUGCGCUCGGUGUGCAGCCCAGCUCAUCGAUGGAGAUACUGUAGUCACUGUACUCAGAUCCUAAUCGCACGUCUCUUGUUGUUUCUCACCCACAUGCUCACCUUUCGUCAAAGACUCAGCUAUCGGAAGAACUUGAAGAAUUUGUUGCAAUUGUUGGAACCGACUUUGGAACCGCAACUCCUCUGCAUCCUGCUCCAAGUUAUGGCAUUGGUAGCUCUCGAUUCCUCAACCCACACUGUCCUAAUGGACCUACAAAUUGAUGAUUGUCUCAUGCAAAUGUUGCUGCCUUCUAAUGACUGGUACUACACAAAUCACUCGACAAAAUUUGGGCACUUCGUAAAGUACCAUGCGGCCAGGAUUCUAAUUUAUGUCGGGCUGGGCGAACGGGUCGGAAAUAAUGACGAGAAAUCGGAUAAAGACGGGAAGGACUGUAGCCUGAAGGACUUGAAGGCCAGCAAAUCGAACUAUCCAAUUGAGGACGAGUAUAUUUGUCAUACGUGCGCUACGCCAAGAAGCAUGGCAACGUUCAGCCGAAAUGCGAUGAGCGUCGAGGGGUUUAUGCUGAAAUUGUUGCAUGAAGUUACUGAGCUCGUCGAAGCCCGCGAAGCGGCACACGAGAAGCUGAUGAACAAGACAACCUCAUUUCAACUCAUUUUCUCCCUAGAAUCACUUGAGGCGCAUUUAUGCAAAUUGGGGCUGGUGUUGGACAAUGUUCUUCUACUCCGACUCUUAAUGCACAAGCUCUCCUGGGACCUUGGGCUGGUGGCGAAGAAGAAGGCGUUGCCAAAGCUGAAGGCCAUCGACUCGAUGCCGCACAAGGCGAUCACCGACCCCAGAGCAACAUCGAGCUUGAGUUUGGGGGCAACCACUAGCCUCGUCAAGUCAUCACAGUCAUUCGACCGUCGUGACCAGCUGAGCAAGAAGGAUAAGGACCGGAAUUUUCUGCGUGUACAUCAGGGUUCGAGGUCUUCGAAUAAGAGAGUGAAGAUCCGGAGAUCCAGUUCGGUCGAGAUCAUCCGUCCGAAACGGUUCAGCUCUGGGGCAAAGGAUUUGAAGGAUAAGGAAAGGAGGAGGAGGCUCGGCACCGAUACCAGUAGCGGUUCAAAUCGCUCGAAAAAGACGACAUCGUCAAGUUCUUCGGUUCAGAAGCAUCUUCCAAAAUACAUUCAAUCGUUGUUUCGUGGAAGGAUGGGAACCGAUCCGUGCAAGCGCCAUACAAGGAGAGACUCCAGCCCCGAGUCUCCUUCCUCCGGCUCGGAUCCGGUGCUCGAGUUCACCAAGAAACUCCAGAAUUACCCGCCCACGAAACGCGAGGAGAUGAAGCAGGCCUACCGCACCAGAACCCCAUUAAACGGCUCUAAAGAUGAAGGAACCUCGCCGCCAGCCCUCUACGACCGCCGGCCAAGCAGCCCACUAGUCAGUGUCAUGGCGAUCCCCGGCGUCCCUCAAAUCGAAAUCCGUCGCCCCUCGGCCAUGUCCCAUUUCGAGUUUGGCUACUUUGUCAACUCGCCAGAUCGUAGCGGCAGUGAAGCCUCCGACUGCGCCCCACUUCUGGUGGCCAGCAACCCCGCCAGCAAUGCUGAUGGCAGUAGGAAAGAUUCGGAAGAAUCCUCGAUGGGUGACUGGUCCUCCCGCGCCUCGUCCGUCAUCUCGCACAGAAGCUCGCGCUCCUCGGCUGGCGCCGGAACGAGUAUCGCCUCGGACAACUCGGGGCCGUUUCUCUUCAGUUUUGUCAUACGAAAACGAGCCUCAACGAUUGGGACUCGGAUUCCGUUACCAAAGCGCGUUGGCUCCAGGACUAGCGGAGACUCUUUGAGGGUACCGGAUCGAGAGAGCCCGUUGCUGCUGAGUAUGGGCGAGAUGAACCCGGAUUUUCAAUGCGUGCGGCAGCUGGUCGUUACUUUGCUGAAUGUGCAUACAAAAGAAAACGACAAUGUAAUGGCAACCAUGAAGGAGUGUUCCCAAGUUCUGCGCCAAAUUCUGAACUCACCCCAGCAUCCGACGGUCAAGAACUGGUGCGCAGACAUCAUCCAGGUCGUUUCCGCUUCGGUGGAGCACAUGGAAACGCAAGCCAACGAAGCGCAAAGCGACGCGAUUAAUGACGAGUAUUUGGAGGUCCAAGAUCAAGUGAUCUCCGGCGGACUCCCCUGCCCGAAAGAAGAAGCAGCCUACUUGGCAGCUAUUCAACUUUGCGUAGAAGAGCAGUGGCCGCACAAUAGGCGAACUCAGACCAUCCGACGUCAUCUGUUGAAGGGCCAAUUUGGGAGGAUCCGAGACUUGGCGCUCAAGAUCAUGAUCACUCCCUGGGAAGUGGAUCAGACGUUGUAUUGUACACCGCCAAGGGCUUCGGACGCAAAUCGAAGUGAAGUAGAAGGCGGUGCAGCAGUUGUGAUGCGGAAAACGACACACGCCUCAAGGGUCAACAGCGAUGAUGUGAAUCGACGCGGCUUUUUGCUACGCUGUAUCCCUCACAGCGAUACUCGGAUGAGCGAUGAACUCCAGGCUCAAUGCUUACCUAUGGAUUUGAGGGGUGAUAGGAGGACGCUGAAGUUGGUUCGGUUAGUUAUCGGACUUACGCUUCAAGACACAUUCCAGGACCGAAAGCGGAAACUCUUCCACUCGCAAGUCUACGAGAGUGAGGUCGGCAUGAAAAAGCUGUACAUCCAAAUCGCCAAAAAGCUACCCUCUUACGGCUGUAAAGUUUUUCAAGUGAAAGAGGUACUCCACGGACGAACCCUGCGAAAGACCCUUCGCCUCCUCUGCCUCAGCUCGACCUCACUUUGUCUCCUCGACGGGAUCAGCAAGCUCGUGCUCAAACGACAAAACGCGAGCACCCUACAACAAUGGCGAGUUGGUGGCGGUGUCUCGAAGCACCAGAUUCUUCUCGAAUUCCGCGGAAAUAAGUGGCAGUUGAUUGCGCCCUCCUUCAACUCGCUGAAGUCGAUAUCCAUGACCUUGUGGGAGAUCCAGCAGAAUCGAUAUAUUUUGCAUUUUCCGGAGGAAGUGGCUUACCAGCUCUCCCACACCGAGUACCAGCUCUUCUACGGUAUCCAGCCAAUGGACUACGUUCGAUACGUAAUUUGUGAUUUGACUGGCGUUGGAGUGCUCGAGAACUCGAGUCCUGUUAGGAGUCUGGUGAAGCGGUUGAGCGAGGUCUCCUCAUGGAUCACGCACGUCAUCAUCUCCCAGCCUACACACGAUGAUCGGAAAAUCGCACUCGCUUCGAUAUUGAGAAUUAUUGAGACGUGCUGGCAGAUUGGCAACUUCAACGGUGCCAUCGAACUUCUCACCGGGCUGAACAACGAGAAGCUGGGCCCGUUCUGGUUAAGCUUGAGGCCAGACGAAAAGCAGAAGUUCGAGGAGUUCUGCGAAAUCCUGCUCCCCGACAAGAACAAGGGAAACCCGUCGAAAAAGUAUAUUGCUGCGAUGCAACGCGCUCUGCGGAUGCCACAAUGUCGGACGAUCCCGUUCUUUGGAAUGUUUUUAAAGGAUCUCUACGCCAUCAGCAGUGAAAUGUCGCACAUCGUACUGAUCGGUCAUGAGGGGAACAAGGAGCGGUUGGAGUUCGUCAACGACCCAAACGGAGAGGACCAUUUCUCGUCAAAAAUUGGGGUCGGUGGGCUGCUCAAUGCAGACAAAAUCAACCUUGUGGCAAUCAUUCUGGACAACAUGGAGCUGUUCCACCGGCACAGCCGAAACAUGAUGACCUACCUGGAAGACGCGUGUCAAACCGGGAAACCAGAAGUGCAGCUCGAGAUCAAAGGCUACGAACCAAUUAUUGCCGUCAACGGAUCUUGCCAUGGAGUCACUAUGAUACCUUUGGAUACACAGAAAUUCGACCUCGACAUCAUUCAGAGGCUGCAACAUGGGACCACGGUAAUCCACUACGAUGCCGACUCCGGACGCUCCGUUCUGUGCGUUUUGAGGUUGGACCCAUCUUGCGGCAUGCUACAGUGGAACAAAGUCAAUGGAAAUAUAAAUAGGGAUAGCUUCAAGGCCAAGGAUCAAUUCAGUUCCGCGUUGCCCAACGUCCAGGCCUCAAAUCCGAUCGAAGCGGCGAGGUCGCCUCAACCGCUUGGACCUAGGCUCUCAGAUGAAGGUGAGCUCCGCCUCUCCACUGUCAAAGGCAUCGAGCCAAUGGACAGCUACGGUGUGGACGUUGAAGCCAUCUACCGAAGACACUCGUGUGAGGAGAUGUCGGUACCAGUGCAGUGCUGGAAGGUAUCCUACGGACAUGUACUCCCCGAGAACGAGUGCCUCUCCUUUCUGGCCCCACAACAUGUCGCGCAGUACUGGAUUCAUGGUCUCCAGAAGGAAAGCCAGCUCGACGCGGAAGCUACGCAACGCGCGAUGGGCCCACGGCCUUUCGAUGCGCUACAAGCUUUUGGCAGCAGAGUCGAGAAGUGGCCGGGUUACGUCCCUGGAAUCCCGCAAAACACUCCCUGCACUGGUCGUGCUGAGAAUUCGAACUCGAGCAGCGACCUGGGAGGAGCCAGGAAUCGUCUGAUAAACUUCAAGAACGCGAUGAAGAUCAAGCUGCGCGGAACCUCGAGGGAUGGGAGUCGCUCUCAGAGCCCACAACCGCAGAGUCCAUUGGUUCGGCCCCCUUCCAUCAAGUCCCAAAUGUCGUGCCAAUCCGGUCCGGCGGGCCCCAAUUCCCCUGGCUACUACUUGAAACCAAGGGGAGAGACGGCGUUGAGUGAUAAUGCCGACCUCGACAGUCUCUACACCCCGCGAAGCCGAACGCCUACAAGCUCUUCGCAUGGAGGUUCCUUCUUCGCCGGAAUCGAUGGGAUCUCUGCGAGGAGCCGAACCCCAACCAGCUACAGUCAUGGCGGUCGUUCCGUCGGCGGCCGAUCGACAAAAUCGUGGCGGUCACGCGGUGGCGAAACACCAAACUCGGGCAGCAUCUCCAGCAGCGGACAGAUCUCGAGCCUCAAUGGACCCUCCGGCAAGGAAUACCAGGAGAAACCCCUCUCCCUGCUCGAGUUCACCGAGCUGUUCAGGCUGUUCAACACCCGAAUGCGAAAGGAUCUCAAGGACGUUUUCCACGACAUCGUCCAAUCCACCCCAGCCCACUCACAUGCUCCGAAGAGCGCACGUGACCGAGGAUCGCCGCGAAUGCAGAGCCGCCUGGAUAGCGGAGCACCGGCUCAGGAGUUCUUGCCGAUCGACUUUCUCACCCGCAACGUCGCCCUCCAACAGCUCGGACUCAGCGAGAAGCAGAGCAAGAUCUACAACGCGUUGGCGAUUGCCAGUGUCAGCAGCUUACCGAUGGGAGGCAUGGAUACCUCCCGAACCGCCAUGCUCACUCCGGCGAUGAUCAAACAAUUCUUGGCGACCCAUCAGAUGGUGAUUGUCGACGACGCGUACUGUAUUCAAGUGAUUAUGGAGCACGAGCCAGACCCGCAUACCCGCCAAAAGCAACAACUCUCUUUUGAAGGGUUUGUUCGAUGGUUGACCGACCCGUCGAAUUAUGCAUUUGUGCCAGAGACGGUCGAGCCCGACGAGAGCCAACUGAACUACCCACUUUCCCACUACUACAUCAACUCCUCGCAUAAUACCUACCUGACGGGGCAUCAGCUGAAGGGUGAAAGCAGUGCAGAGAUGUAUAGACAAGUCCUCUUAACCGGAUGUCGAUGCGUUGAGCUCGACUGUUGGGAUGGAGACAAUGGACUGCCGCUCAUCUACCACGGCCACACCUUCACGAGCAAGAUUCAAUUCCGGAGGGUCGUCGAAAUCAUCAAGCACUCCGCCUUCGUCGCCAGCGAUCUGCCAGUGAUUCUCUCGAUCGAAAACCACUGUUCCGUCCAUGUACAGGCGAAAAUGGCACAAAUGUUCAAGACAAUUCUUGGCGACCGGCUCGUCACUUCCUUCCUGUUCGACUCGGAUUUUACCGAAAACCCGAAGCUGCCCUCGCCACUUCAGUUGAGGGGCAAGAUCUUGAUCAAGAACAAAAAGAUGAUCUCUGAACCGUCGGUUGGGCUGCUAGAAACUCGAUCCCUCUGCCGAGCGGCGACGGAUAUGCAAUUAUCCAGGAAAAUCAGCAAGAAUAGCUAUGAGAGCAGCACGGCCGAAGAGGUAGAAGACGAUGAUCUCGACGACUACAUGGACGACGAGGAUCAGGAGGAUGACGAUGCAACCUGGCUAGUACUAGCCGUUUACCUCGGGCUACCACAGCGCGAGGUGCAGCGAAAAUUCUCGCGGAAGAGUUUGGACUCCCCAAAAAUCAUCCGCGGAAGCAAGAGGCGGAUUUCGAAGCCCGACUCGAUCAGCAGUGACCACUCUGAAGGGGCUAAAGGCGUGGAGACAGUAUGUGAAUUGACCACCUGCUCCUUUGAUACGACCAGAGAUGCGGAUGAUGCUAUAUCUGCGAUUUCAGCCCUCUCGUUGGCGACGGAACGCCCAAGGGGCCGCCAAGGGUUGUUGGCUCCGGAGUUGAGCGAUAUUGUCAUCUACACCCAGGCGAUCAAGUUCAAGGGCUUCACCACCAACGAUUGGGUCCGAAACGCGGAGACAGACAUUUUUGUCGCUGGGUUCCCACCACCAAGUUUGUCCAUCUCGACAAAUCGGAGCAGAUGUUCCACGAAUUUGCUGUCGACACCAUCGCCCUUGAGGAGACAACGAAGUUCCACCCAUAUCUCCGACCUCUUGGACGCUACCGGAAGUGAUCAUGGUUCAAUCAGAAGAGCAAACGUCAACGCGUCUUGCUAUCAAGUCACUAGCUUGAAUGAGACCCAAGCCCGAAAACUCUGUCGAAAGCACCCGCUGAAGUUGAUCCAGUACACGAAAGAUCGUCUGAUGCGCACCUACCCGGGAGCGAUGCGGAUCGACAGCUCAAAUUUUCAACCAAUCCUGUACUGGGGAUUCGGGUUGCAGAUGGCUGCGCUCAAUUUUCAAACCACCGACGUGAUGAUGGCCGUCAACGCCGCCAUGUUCGAGCAGACCGGAAAUAGCGGGUACACCUUAAAGCCGCGCGUCCUUUGGGAGGAUAACCAUCCACUAUACCGCAAGUUCAACCCCCUCUCCAAGGAGCUGACCAAUCAGUCGGCGCUCCUCUUGACGUUGACUGUCCUAUCCGGUCAAUACGUCUUCCCGCACGCCCAUUCCGGCUCGCCGUUCGUUGAGGUCGAACUCAUCGGGCUGCCGGUGGACUGCAAGAAGGAGAAGAGCAAAUUUGUGCCGAGGAAUGCGGUAAACCCAGUGUGGAACCACACCGUCCAGUUCCGGAUUGUUUUCGUGGAGCUGGCAUUUUUGAGGAUAGCUGUUUGCGACUCGGCUGUGAAUGGGCGAGUAGUAGCUCAACGUGUAAUCCCCGUUCGAUGCCUCCGACCCGGCUAUCGGCAUCUACCACUACGGACUCCAGCUAAUCAGCCGACCGAAAACGGUGCGCUUUUCAUACGCUCCCGGUUUGAACAAGAAGAACACAUCUACCUGCACGAAGAAGACAGCCAAGCCGCCGCUGGCACUUUUGAACAUGCCAUGGCAUAUCAGAAUGAUACGGGCCACAACAACGUCUGCAAGCCGAUGCCGAUCCUGAAGAAGCAAAUCUUCGUGCUGCGGAUUUCCGGAAUCACCACUGACGACUCUACAGUAGUUGUACAUGGAGAGAGCAGCAGCACCGUGAAGAGCGUUGUGCAACAGGCCCUGAUCAACGCCGGGAAGAAUGGAGACGCGGUGGAGGACUACGUGCUCUUCGAGGAGAGCCUGAGGAAUGAUGGGGAGGAUGGGGAGACUCAAAAGUACCGUAUCCUACCUCCCAAUGAGCCGAUCAUGGACGCUGUAGCGCUGUGGAACGGCGGGCAACGCCGAUUUUUGGUCAAGCGAAAGGGAACGGACCCCUCAUCCCGCGCCUGGAUCACCUCGAUCAUCAAGGGUGGACCGUCAAACUCGAAUGGAGCGUCGGGGUCUAACCCCCAAGUUGCAAUGGGCUCCGGGACGACCAUUUUCGAGAAAGUCCCAGAGGUCGUGACACACGCCAUGAAGUCCCAAUCCUCCCAACAAAUCCAUGGCGGCAGGAGUCUGGAUGUAGAUUCGGCCGGCGGGGAUUUGGAGCCGCCAGGUAUGCAACCUCGUGCUCGCUCCAUGGGCGAUACGUUCCUCGUUUGUGUCCAUAACAUCUCGGAGGAGCAACCGUAUGCGAUCCUAAGAGCGUCGGUCAACAGCUCGGCCAAGGACAUUAUCAAACAAGUCUUCCUGAAAGCCCGUCGACUCGAUGAAGACGAGAGUGACUUUGUGCUCGUUGAGGAGGUCAGCGACAGGCAGCAACCAGGGCCCAGUGCUAAUCCGACGCCUUCAGGUUCCGGCACAGUCCUCACUGCCCUUCGCGAGGUCUCGGUCUGCCGGAAGCGAAGUUCUGAUCUUGGCGGUCGAGCCGGAAUCAGCGCCCGAACGCUACGUCCUGAUGAGAACGUCUUCAAGGUGCAGUCGCGGUGGAAGAACGUUGCCCGAUUCACCUUGGAAAGACGACGAAUCUCCCAUGGAACUACGAGUUCGCUUGAGAGGAUGGCGCAUGUAGGAGCCCUCUCGAGCGCCCACGGUUCCCCCACAGUUUCCAUGGCUGCGAUGUUACAGCACUCACAAAUUGCGGCUGCCAAGAAGAACGAGCAGUCCACAAGCCGAAAAAUCUCGUUGGCUUCGAUGCGCUCCAUGCCUCGCCGACUGUCCCGUUUUGGGAAAAGCCUGACGAUGGACGCCAGCAAUAAA